UGCUUUCUGACUCCGCCGUUGCCACAACCUGUGCCUGCAAACCCUGCCUUGGUCCUCUCUCAACGCGGAUCCUUGCUGCUCAAAGAUUUGCUCACAUGGUUUCGUUGGAGUUUCGAUCUCGGAUUUGGGCUUCGACUUGACUUGGGUCUCGAUUUAUUGCUGCCGUCCUCGCGCCUGCGUUGCGGGCCAGGGGUGUGGCCGUCUCGCGCACAGCUUUCUGGGUCAUUGAUUUAUUUCAGGGUUAUCUUCAGUUGUGGUGAAAACUAUAUCGUCACCGUGGCAAAGUAGGGUUCGCAUACGGAACGGGUUACAGGAGGGAAGCCGUUUUGUUAGUGGCAGGGCGCUUCAUAAAGAUAUGCCAUCAACAUGGGCAGAGUCGCCACCCGACACGGUGGCUACUGAAAAUGGAAGUGCAGCAGGAGCCUCAGGUGGUCGGCCAGCCAGAGCGUCUUAUGUGCCUCCUCACUUGCGAAACCGUCCUCAAGGUGCUCCUGUCGUAAACGGUGCUGGAGAAAUCUCCGGCCCCGAACUAAAACGAUCGUCUAGAGCUGGGCAAGGAGGGCGAGCGUGGGGUGAUCCUAACGCAGUAGCGGCUGCUGCACCCAAAGCGGAAGCUGGGGGUCUAGGCAAGGCCGGGAAUGGGUCCGGUUGGGGUGCAAGUCCGGCGGUGAAUCAUUCAGCCAGUUGGGGGAACUCAAAUGGUUCAGGUCGGAGCUAUGGAGGUGGCGGACGAGGCCAAAGGGGGGGAUGGGAGAGAGAAGCUAAUCCCUUCGCUAACGACGAACCAGUCUCGGAGGCAAUCUUUGAGGCAGAGAAUACUGGUAUCAACUUCGAUGCGUACGAGGACAUUCCUGUAGAGACGAGUGGUAAUAACAUACCACCUCCGGUGAACACAUUCGCCGAAAUUGACCUGGGACCGGCGCUGAACGAAAACAUCAGAAGAUGCAAGUACACGAAGCCGACUCCCGUGCAAAAGUACGCUAUACCGAUUAGUUUGCAUGGUCGUGAUUUGAUGGCAUGUGCACAGACGGGGUCAGGGAAGACGGCUGCGUUUUGUUUUCCAAUUAUCGCAGGGAUUAUGAGGAACACUCCUCCAGGCCGUCCUCGGGGUGGAAGGAAGGCAUUGCCGUUGGCUCUGAUAUUGUCGCCCACGAGGGAGCUGUCUUGCCAGAUCAGCGACGAAGCCAAGAAGUUUGCGUAUCAGACCGGCAUUAGAGUAGUGGUCGCUUAUGGGGGGGCUCCCGUUCAUAAUCAGCUUAGAGAGAUGGAAAGAGGUGUAGACAUCUUAGUUGCCACCCCUGGGCGUUUGAGUGAUCUCUUGGAAAGGGCUAGAGUAUCCCUGUCUAUGGUGCGAUACUUGGCGCUAGAUGAGGCUGAUCGAAUGCUGGACAUGGGUUUCGAACCCCAGAUUCGUAGAAUAGUUGAGCAGAUGGAUAUGCCACCGGCUGGUGAACGCCAGACAAUGCUGUUCAGUGCUACAUUUCCUCGAGAAAUACAGAGACUAGCAUCGGAUUUCUUGUCGAACUACAUUUUCCUUGCUGUGGGCAGGGUAGGAUCCAGUACGGAUCUAAUCGUGCAACGGGUAGAGUAUGUGCAAGAUGUGGACAAGCGUAGCAUGCUGAUGGACCUUAUUCAUGCUCAAAGCGCCUUGGCUCCGCCUGGGCAGCAAACUUUGACGUUAGUCUUUGUGGAGACUAAGAAAGGAGCAGAUGCUUUAGAGGACUGGCUGUGCCGCCUCGGAUUCCCAGCUACCACAAUCCACGGUGAUCGUAGCCAGCAGGAGCGAGAACAUGCCUUGAGAUCUUUUAGGACGGGAGUGACGCCCAUUCUCGUUGCUACGGAUGUUGCCGCCCGGGGUCUUGAUAUUCCACAUGUUGCCCAUGUCGUGAAUUUCGACCUCCCUAGUGAUAUUGAUGAUUACGUGCAUCGCAUUGGUCGUACUGGGCGUGCGGGAAAGAGUGGUGUGGCAACUGCUUUCUUCAACGAGAAAGACCAGGCGUUAGCGCGACCGCUGACAGAGCUGAUGACAGAAUCUAACCAGGAGGUGCCUGGAUGGUUGACUAACUACGCUACGAGAGCUAGUUAUGGAGGUGGUGGUAGGAACAGACGGUCGGGAGGAGGAUCGAGAUUUGGUGGCCGUGAUUUCCGUAGGGAAGGCGGCAGAGGAGGUGGAGGGGGCCACCACCACGGGGGAUAUGGUGGUGGCGGUGGUGGUUAUGGAGGUGGAGGAUAUGGAGGUGGUAGUAGUGCAUGGGAUUAGACUAGUUCACUGGCGAUGAGCUUUAGAUGUUAUGUGGUACAAUUUUGGUAGCUUCAGGCACAUCCUGCUUUCCUUCAAGGAUGUGCGCAGUUUUGCUCACAGUUUCUUUCACGGUUCUUUAGACAAGAUGAGUGCCCUUUUGUUGUUCUAUGCGCUUGUAGGUUGACUGGUCGGCUCUGACUUGGCCGGGUGUAUAUUAGCGCUCAGUAUAUGAGAUAGAGCUGAAGAGUCAUGGAUAGCCGGGGCCUACGUUUGUCAUGGGGUCUAUCCCACAAUUGUCUGCAAAAUGUAGAAGAAGCUACAUAUGCAAAAGUACACUGGUAUCAAAAAUUGUUCAGAUUGCAGUAAAUCAUCUUGUCUAGCUCAACUGGGCUAACCUGGACUAUAAUAGUACCUGGACAAGGAUCUUUCGUCGACCAGUAAA